UACACCUGGAUAUUGUAUAUACCCUCCGCCUGUAAAUAAUACUCAAUUUUCGUGUAUACAGCAGGCGAAAAUACAUCCUUUUUAAAUAUUCAGUAAGAAUGAUCUUUUUUAUAAAAUUAUCGCAAUAAAACAAUUAGAAUACACACGUGAGAGAAAGAAAUUAUUUUUAUAUAUCUCUCUAUUUUUACAAAUAAGUAGGAUGUUCCAUAUACAUGCUGAUCCUAUACUCAUACACAUUAUCUUCCAUAAAAAUAAUAUCCUUGUACCACGUCACAAUGUCAUUUAAGAAAUAGAGAGAUAUUUUCAGACGGAGAAAAGUCUAGAAAAUAGCUGAAAGUUAACUACAAAAUUCGUUUACUCUUUUUCUUAUUUCUGGAAUAAAAAAAAAAAAGAAAAUUGCGUCACAUUAGCUUGCACUCGUCUGUGCUUUUCUUAUAGUUAUAAUACUCGAAGAGACGGAUCGAUGCUAUUAGCAAUUUAAUAGAAUUGCGUAUGGAAAGUGUAAAUACACGUUCGGCAAAUAGGAGGGUAAUUUGCAACACUUAUUCCCCUUUACGUUGGGGGAAAAUAAGAGAAUUUUUUCGCGUGAAAUAUAGGAACGAAUAGAGAGGGAGACGCGAUUAUGAUAUGCUUCUUUCGCGCGUCCCAGACUUUUCUCAGUCGUCGUUGGAUCUUCGAAGUAAAUGGAAUUCUCCCUGGAUCGGUAUUACAAGUUGCAACGCCUGGUGUCGUCCAUAGUCGGACUAUGGCCUUAUCAAAGAGCGACGAACGCUUGGAUCCAUCGAGUGCUCGUAACUUUUUGCAUGAUCUGGGGUAUAAUCGGUCAGAUAGCUAAGAUAUAUAUGUCGGAAAUGACUGUGGAUUUUACACUCGAUUGUUCGCUCAUUCUUAUUACUAGUAUUGGUAUAUCACUGCAAUUCUUUGAUCGUAUAUUGAUCAAUCACAAAUUGAGAAUUUUACUCGACCAUAUUAAAGCCGAUUGGGAACGUGUCACGUCUCAGGAUGAAAUUAAAAUCAUGCAAAAAUAUGCCGUGAACGCAAGAAUAAUCACGAUAUUGUUUAUUAGUAAGUGAAAUUGUGGUCUCAAUAUUGCAAAACGUGCAAAUGAAUCAUAAUAUUCACAAUAAGAGAUUAAUAUUUUAUCUUUAAUAUCGUUGAUGUCAGUGAUAUUUUAUUUGAAAGAUUAUUUUCUGAAUUUUUUGUUGGUAUAGUUAAUUGAUUAAUUUCAAUUGAUUUUUUUACAGUUUAUGUAGCCAUAGCUACAAGUACGUAUAU